AUGUCUCAUUCUGGUGCCGCUACAUAUAAGAAAGUGGCAGGGAUCAUCACUAUCGAUGAAGAUAUGUCACCUGCUGAGAUGACUUGGAGAUCUACUUCUGGUGAUAAGACACAUACGAUUAUAUUGGAUACGAUAGAUAAAUUACAAGCUACACCUACAACAAGUGAGAAAAUGAUGUUAAGAUUGAUUGGGAAACCUCUUGGGGAAAAUAAUGAAGAUGAUCCACAAAAGAAACAAAAAAAUAAUGAAGGUGAACCUGUUGAAAAUACUUCAAUUAAACCAAUUACUCAUAUGUUUUCAUUUAAUAAUAGAGAAGUCAUGGAUAAUAUUAAAAUUACAUUGCAACAAAUUAUAUCAAGAUAUAAAGAUCAAGAAAUUUAUGAUGAAAGAAGAAAACAUGAUCAAUCAUUAGAGGCACAAACAAUUGUUUCAGUUCCAUUAAUUAAUACAGCACAAUUAGACGAUUCUUUAUCGAGAGGAAAACUGUUAGUAAAUUUGAAAUUACAACAAUCUCUUCUAAGACAUGAUAAAUUAUUAAUGAAAGCAUUCCAAGAAACUGUAAUGAAUGCAGGUUUAUCUCCAGAGGAAUUUUGGUCUACCCGUAUACCUUUAUUAAGAACUUUUGCUUUAUCUACAUCGCAACGUGUGGGUCCAUAUAAUGUCCUGUCAACAAUUAAACCUGUGGCCUCUUCAGAAAAUAAAGUUAACGUGAAUCUAUCUAGAGAGAAAAUUGUUUCAAUCUUUCAAAAUUAUCCAAUUGUGAAAAAGGCUUAUGACGAUAAUGUACCGAAGAAUUUUAAAGAACAAGAGUUUUGGGCAAGAUUUUUCUCUUCAAAAUUGUUUAGAAAAUUAAGAGGUGAAAAAUUAAUGCAAAGUGAUAGAGGUGAUGUUAUUAUUGAUAGAUAUAUUAAUUUAGAUCAAGAAUAUGAUCGAAUGGAAGAUGAAAAACUGACACAUCCAGUAAAGAAAUUUAUUGAUAUUGAUGGGAAUGAAGAAGAUGAUCCCGUCAAAUUUGGUCAUAGACCACACUUCACAAUGAGACCUGGAUUAGAUGUUAAUGGAAAUAGUGACGGGACGAUAGAUAUCUUAAAAGGGAUGAACAGAUUAAGUGAAAAGAUGGUUGCAGCUUUAGAAAAUGAAUACUCUAGAGCAAAAUUACAAGGAGAUUCACCUGAUGAUGAAGAAAAGGAAUCCUUGAAUAUUACAGAUUUACAACCUAGUUAUUCAUCCUCAUACGCAAUUGUUCAUUUGAAGACUAAAGCUUUAAAUUCACAACAGCACAAAGAUGAUGACGAUAAUAAUUCUAAAAAAGAGGAUAAUAUGACCCCAACUAUAGUGACACAAGAUAUGAUUGCAACCAAUAUUAAGGACGUAAUAGAUGCAUUAUCCUCAGAUAUGGAUUUAAGUCGAAUCCUUCCAGAUAAAGAAACCAGUAUUGCUGUUAAUAAAGAAGUUAUAUAUGCUGUGAAAAUUAAUGCAAAGCAAGCCAAGCAUAACAACGUUGAUCCAAUCCUUGGUACAUUUGUAAAUAAUGUAUUAAGCGAAACAGACGCUAAAUCAGAGUUACCACUUGAAUUGAUUGAAAGUUGUAGGAUAUUACACACAACAUGUUGUGAAUUCCUUAAACAUUUCUACAUCCAUUUCCAAAGUGGAGACUACAAACAAGCAACAAAAGUGAACAAACUUUACAAGCAUUUGAAAUCUUGUAUAGAAAAAUUGCAUGAAUUAUUAUCCGAUGUCAAAAAGGGUGACGGUGAAGAAAUUGCCGCUACUUGUACUGCAUACUUGAAACCGACAUUAAACUCAAUAACAUACGCUGUCGAAAGAUAUGACAGAGCAUUUAAUGAAGUUAACAAAGAAGCUAUGGCAUCUAAGUAA